GUUGGGCGGUCCUGGGAAAAGCUGGCGACGAUCUGGGACAGGAUGGGUGCCUGUCGACACGAAGUGUGCGGUCUUGGAGUCUGCAGAAGAGAGGGUACUUGUUCCGUGGGCAUUUAUGGGUGCAUUCCCGGGGCACCAGGACAGACAUCAAUUCUUCACCAAUGCUUUCCAAGCGCAGCGUGCAGACUGUUCCGAAAGUCGGCGCCCACCUCGGCAGAGAAGACCCAGAAGGUACAAAGUUCCCCGGGGAAGAGCACGAGCCCGACGAACAGGGCCCGGAGACGUCCAUUCAGAAGGACGCUGGUACGGCAUGACAGAUGAGGAAGCUUCCACCCGUCCGACUGAGGUCUCUGUGCUGGAGCUCCUAGAUGAGCUUCAGGAAAGAGCACCUGCUGUCCAAGGUCUUCGCGGUCAGUUGAACGACUUCGAAUUCAGAGCGAGUGAGCUGCUCCUUGAGAUGGAGGCGGAAGAGGGCGACGAGGAUUUGCCUGGCCUUAUGAUUUACGGAGCCAGGUGA